CUAGAAAUAUCUGAAGUGGAUUCCUCCUGGAACAGGAAAGGACGACUUAAACGCCCAAUGAAUGCAUAUAUGAUCUGGGCCCGAAUUCACCGUCCAAUUCUGAACAGAGCCAAUCCUAACACCAAAUUUGCACUCAUAAGUGCACUGCUUGGAGAGGAAUGGACCAAACUGACAGAGGAGCAGAAAGAGCCCUACUAUGACGAGGCAGAGCGGAUUAAAAGAAAACACGCUCAGGAGUAUCCAGAUUGGGAAUUUCGACCUGAUAUUAAGAACAAGAAGCUGUCCUCUCCGGUUUAUGUCGCCAUUCCAAGUUCUUCCAGGGAUCCACCAGAAGCUUCUGCUAACGCGAUGCCUCAAAAUCUGUCGUCAUGUUCAGAGAUGAUCCCUCAACCCAGCGAACUAACGAAUGGAGUAUAUUACAUUUUACAUCAAGUAAUACCAUUGUCCAGUAAUACCAUUGAUCAGUAA